AUGAGCGGCGGCGCGGUGAAGGGGAUCGGCUUCUUCGAUAGCCCGUUCAGCCACCGCGCGGAGGCGGCCUUGAGCCGCAAGGGAGUUCCCUACGAGCUCAUCCUGGAGGACCUGCGCAACAAGAGCGAGCUGCUGCUGCAGCACAACCCCGUCCACAGGAAGGUGCCCGUGCUCCUCCACGGCGACCGCCGCGCUGUCUGCGAGUCGCUCGUUAUCGUCGAGUACGUCGACGAGGCGUUCCAGGGCCCGCCACUCCUCCCCGCCGAUCGCUUCUGGGCCCGCUUCAUCGAUGACAAGGCAACAGUUAACCCCGGUUGA